UGUUUUGUGGUGUACUAGUGCUGGUCAGUUUUGCCGACAAUGUACUUGCUACACGUCCCCUUGCGGCUAUUCAAGAUCCUGCUCAGAUUCAUGCGGAAGAAAAAACUCCAAUUCCGGAUCCUUUAGAUAUACCUCCGUUACAACGUUCUGUAUCGACUUAUAACAUAAAAAUGUUCAACUCCAAACUAUAUGGAUUAAAAAACUUUAGAGUCGAGAAUAUUACGGCAAAUAUAGCCGAUAUGACAGGCGAGGCUACACUGACCAUUGAAAAGUUGCACAUCAAAGGGAAUUACACAUUAACUUCUUGGCUUUCUAGAGCUGAAGGUCCAUUCACAGUUGAUCUCAGCGAUAUUUUUGUGAUGGCAACCGCAAAUCUGGAAGUCGACAGACUUGGUCAGUUAGAAGCCCAAAAUAUGAUUAUGGAUAUGUCAUUUAAAGACAUUUCUACGGAUUUUAAAAAUUUGGGGGGGCUAGCCUCAUUCCUUCAAGGUGUAAUGAACUCCAUUGGCACGUUCGUAUUUAGUUCUAUAAAACCUUUUGUGUUGGGACAAGUUAGUGGCCAAAUGAGGGACGUCGUCAAUAAGGAAAUAAAGAAGAUUCCUCAAAAAUUCACAAAUUCAAUUUCUCCAUAUGAUCAGCCGAUCUCAGAGGCUAGGAAGAACCUUACUUGGAUUUUAAACUCUCGUGGAUGGAAUAUUGAAUGUUGAAGUAAUUGUCGGAGAUAAUUCUAUAGGACAUAGUUCGUAUACAGGGUAUAUUAAAAUGUAUACAUUAUUUUUAUUAAUUAAUUUAUAUUUUUACAUUUUUUAUCAUUUAAUUUUAAUAAAUAUAUUUUAAUUUC